AAUUCAAUAUGGCAAGUGUCGUACCAAACGAAGGAAUAUUUCAGUUAAGAAUCUAGUUAAUUUAAUGAGGCAUUGACGAAGUCAGAAGUUAGUGUGAAUACUUUCCUGAGUUAUAAAUAUGACACAUUCAUGGAAUGACUUGUUCUCUGUAACAAUAGGAUUGGUAUUUAUGGCCAUGGUGACCGGAGAAGACGAAACAGUCCUUUUGAAACUAGGUCUUGUUACAGGGCCGUGUGCAGCCAUCUGUGACAAACAGACCACCAUCAAGAGCGUGUCGGGUCUGAGUGACGUCAUAUCAGCCAAGAUCACGUGGGCACACAUAAAUGUAUCGGAGCCUUAUCUUGUCCUUAACACAGUGAAUAGAAUGCGGGAAGAUGACAAUGACUUGAUUUUGCUGUUGGCGGAGGUCGACUAUCAUCUGAACUUCUCUCUUCUGCUUCCUAACAAUGCCACUCGAGUUCUGCAGUGGUCUGCUCCUCAAUCUUCAAAUGAGGAAGAUCGUGACAGUGUUUCGCUCAACAAUUGUGGUUCCAGCUCAACAUUUAUGUCUCUCAGCCAUGGAAAUGACGAGACGGUUGAUAUGUGUCAGACUGAGACGCAUGCUGAUUUUAACUACAACAUCAUUAAAGACCGUCAACAGCAUCGCGGUAGUGGGAACGCUUUGGUAGAUAUUGUUGCCUCGCUCACACGCCAUCUGAUGUGGUCAUCGACAUUCGUGAUAACCGACAAAGAGGAAAACCUGAACGACAUCGGGCGUGGUCUUUCUUCCGUUGGCGUAUCAAUUGUUGACGGUAUGAUGCCAGAUAUCAAAUCACCACGGUUUGAACAAGAUUUCCUAUCUGCGAUUGACUUUGCUAUUCGAGAAUUGCCCAAUAUUACCAUAGUAUGUAGCAUGGAAUGUGUCAGGACAAUACUGAAAAAGCCCUUCUCCAUCGCUCGCUGGGAGGUACACCGCUACGCCAUGCGCCAUAUGACACGAUGGAUUAUCAUUACUUUCAGCGAUUUUUCUGCCGCUGACCAAUUAACUGAUCUAGAAACAAACCUAGACAACGUAGUGGUAAUCGUUCUGCCGGAAAAUAUGGUCCGAAAAUCUCUUUUCAAUGGAGAAGACGUACAGACGUACAUACAGACUGUGCUGAGAGAAAUCGGCGGCAGCUACAACCUGUCUUACGAUGAGGAAAACAAUACCACUCUCAAAAUGCUGACGAUGGAUAAAUUCGUCUCGAGCAACAAAGUCAUGUGUCAGUGGGUAGCCAUAGAAGCCCUGAUGUGGACCAAAUCCGGAAGAAAAUUCCAGACCGUCGGACAUAUCCGGGAUUCCGGCAGAGUACUCACUUCCGGUGACAUAUUCCCUAACGCCAAAUUUGGAUUUAAUGGUCGGGAAUUUCUAGUAUCCACCAAUGUGUGGGAUCCGUUUGUUGCUAAACACGAUAAUAUGACGUUCACUGGAUUCUGCAUGGACAUGCUGGAUCAUUUAGCAGCCAGUUUGAACUUUACAUACCGUUUGACUAUGCCGGCAGAUCUCGCUUGGGGGAUGGAGUUCGACAACGGCAGCUUCAAUGGUUUGGUCGGUCAAAUGCAGAGAAAUGAGAUAGACCUAACGGUGGCCCCGAUGUCUAUCCAGACAAAUCGCGAGGCAGUCAUGGAUUUCUCGUACCCUUAUUUCUAUGAGCCAACCGUAAUGAUUCUGAAAAAGCCCGACCCCUCCGAAACAAAAUGGCGGACCCUGAUCGACCCCUUCACCACGACAGUCCUGAUCUGUAUAGGAAUAGCACUGCCAACAAUGUCCUUCGUGAUGUGGAUGUUGGAGUAUCUCAGUCCGUACUACAGUCAUAUAACGGACAGAGCUUCCAUGAGGGGGCUUCAUCACUUCUCAGACUCGUUUUGGUACCUGUAUGGCGCCCUCCUCACACAAGGUGGGGAACACAUGUCGGACUCUGUCUCGGGAAGGACAUUACUAAGCUUCUGGUGGCUCUUCUGUAUCGCUAUGAUGGCCACAUACAGCGGCAAUCUCAUUGCCUUCCUAACAGUUUCCAAGGAGAAACUGCCAUUCGACACUAUUGGCGGCAUGGUCAAACAGGACGUUUAUAAGUGGGGGACUAUCGGAGGGACGGCCUUCAUCGAUAUCUUUAAGACAUCCAAACAGCACGUGUACCAACAAGUGUGGGACGGACUUGUCCGCUUUAACCAGUCAGAAAACGACGUAAUGAGCUCUAACCCGGAAGUCCAUAUAACCAAGGUACUGUCUGGGGACUACGUGUUUCUUGGGGAUAAGACCUUUAACGAGAUUAAGAUGCGGAGCCGUAACGAGUGCGAUUUGGUGAUAACAAAAGAGGAGUUCCUACCUCUACAGUAUGCGGUUGGACUUCCGAAUAACUCCCCGUACACAAGGCUGUUCGCUAACGAAAUACUUACAAUUCAUGAAAGUGGACUGUUGCAAAUUUGGAAACUAAAACAUUGGCCUAAACAGAGCACAUGUUACAGUUCGUUGGUACCUGAAGCUACAAUAGUGAACUUGAUUGACAUACAGAGUGCUUUCUAUCUGAUCGGAAUAGGGAUUGUGGUGGCAGGAACAGUGUUGUUAUGUGAAUGUGGAUACUCCUACUGGCAAAAACAAAAAGGUAUCAACUCGCACACCGACGCAGUGAUCCAUAGACACACCAAAAGUAUCUUAUAACAACCAUAGUUGAUUACGCUCUCAAUUAAUUCGCGAUUUCAUUCUAUUUUUUCAAACAGCGUAAAAGGAACCAUUGAAAAUUAUAACCAUCAUAAUAUGGUAAAAUAAUUCAUACACGUUUUUGUGACGACUUAUUUUCAACAAUCAACGGCGUGUUUUCCGUUUUAAUGUAUAUAUAUAUAUUAACUUAAUAUUGUCAUGGCGUGAACAUCAUAAAAAUAAAACUCUUGGGAAUAUUUGUAAGGAAAUGGUAUAUCGUGCUGGAAUGUACAAUAUAUGUACGCCAAUCUAAAAUCUACAACCGCGUCUUAUUUAAAGGUGCUACAGCUCUGACAAAGAGUAGCUAUGAUCAACGGAAAAUAGAAAGAGUAGGUUGUAUAUUUUUAUAUAUUAACAUAAAUUACAUACUUGUCGCUAUAAUCAUUUCCUAAAAGGUACAUUAGGCUUCUCGUUUUUUUUAUUUGCUGGCGUUAAUAAGUUAUAAUUUCAUAAGGCGGGAAGCAUCUUGAAGGUGUUGGACUCAUAGUGGAAGGUUUAAAGUUCUAAAUUUUAACAUUUUCCAAAAGCACAGGCAGCGUAGUAGGACAGCAGCACAGGCAGCGUAGUAGGACAGCAGAGCUUGUGUUAGACUGACAAAUAUACAACACCACAACUAGGAGAAUGUUACAAUACUAAUGGCGGCGGGAUAGUGGAGAAAAUCCGAAACCGAUGUCAGGAAAGAAGAAUAACAUAACUAGUCUUGACAAUUAUGUGUCUUAUCUGUCUAAUAACAUUCUUAUAAUAAAAUAUUAACAUUUGCUAA